AUGUUGUUGCCAUCGAUGAUUGGCCACGCGGUCGCCUGGUGCCUGAUCACCGUCUCUAACGUGUUCUUGUCGAAUGGCAAUCAUUCCGAACGGGACAGUAUGUCUAACGAACAGCUGAUCUAUUUUCAAUACUUCUUCUACGUCAUCGUUCUGAUCCAGGGACUGCUACACCCACUGUUCUGCACCUGGAACCUGACGCUGGUGACACCUGGCAUUGCCGAGCGACUACCCUUCUUUUACAGGAUGUUCAUUUCGGAGGAAGACCGCGACCGCGAUCGUAACAGCAUCAGUGGCAGGUCACUACCGAAGGCUGAUCGCGUAUCCAUGAAAUUGCCUAGGUCUGUGGCUGAAUUGAAACUUGCCGAAGCUGCGACUGUCCGCCGCUUCCCCAAAGACAGUUGUCGAACAUUAGGUAAGGCUCCAGCAAAGGAAGCGUCGAGAAAGACUGCAUCCAAUAGCACUGCCAAGCGAGCCAUGAACGCCUAUGAAUACGUUCCACUGAACCCGAUAUCAGAAGCGGUCGAAGAGGAGCAGAACGCCGAAGACGAUGAGGAAGAUGGCGAUGACCUGGAUGACGAAGGGGACUUGCCUGACACGUCGAUCGGUGAAAUGGAAACAGGCGGCGACAUAUCGAUGAUUACUUAG